AUGUCGAGCUCAAGUGGCACGCGGCGACUGCUCGACCCGCGGCUGAGAAUACUCAUCGAAAACAAUGUCAAAAAGAAUCACAGAUCGUUUAUUGUACUAGUGGGAGAUCGUGGACGAGACAGAAUACCUGGCCUCUAUUAUCUUCUGACACAUGCAAGAGACAAGUUGAACUCGAAACGGAGCGUCCUGUGGUGCUACAAAAAGGAGCUGGGUUUCAGCAGUCACAGGAAGAAACGCGAGCAGAAAGCAAGGAUGAAUCAAAAGCUCGGAAAGCCGAAUGACGAUGAAUUUGAUCUGUUCAUCAACUCUGCGGAGAUACGAUACACAUACUACAAGGAGUCGCACAAAAUCCUUGGCCAAACAUUCGAGAUGUGCAUACUACAGGAUUUCGAAGCCAUUACUCCAAAUCUCCUUGCACAGACAAUCGAGACCGUCGAAGGGGGUGGCCUGAUCAUUCUAAUGCUCAAAACAAUGACUUCGUUAAAGCAGCUGUAUACCAUGACCAUGGAUGUGCACUCGCGUUACCGGUCGUCAAGUGGUGACUCCGUCGUAGCUCGGUUUAACGAACGAUUUAUCCUCUCACUCGCCGCGUGUGAUGAUUGCCUUGUACUUGAUGACGAGCUCAAUGUGCUUCCAAUAUCGAGGGGAAAGGAUAUUACACCACUGGAGGAAGAUGAGCUGCGUUCUGGGGAAGGAAAAGCCGCAGCAAAGCAACUUCAGGAACUGAAGGACAGCCUACAAAAUGACCGCUUGAAGCAAGACCUCGUAAAUCUCACAAGAACAAUUGAUCAGGCACAAGCAGUGUUGACUUUCAUCGAUGCGUUGCAAGAGAAGACGCUAUCUUCAACGGUUUCUCUUACUGCCGCGCGCGGAAGAGGCAAAUCCGCAGCCCUCGGCCUCGCCGUCUCGUCUGCUAUCGUGCAUGGCUAUUCGAACAUCUUUAUCACCUCGCCCUCACCCGAAAAUCUCAAGACAUUUUGGCAAUUUGUUGGAGAUGGGUUGAAAGCAUUGGGCUAUGUCAUCAAUGUCGACUACGACGCGAUGGAAAGCGUGAGCCCGGAAGUUGGCAAAGGAGUCAUCGUUCGUGUCAACGUGUGGAAGACGCAUCGACAAACGAUUCAGUGGAUACAACCCCAAGAUGCGCAUGUCCUAGGGCAGGCGGAGCUCGUGAUCAUCGAUGAGGCGGCUGCAAUACCACUCCCACUCGUCAAGAAUCUAAUGGGGCCUUAUUUGGUUUUCAUGGCCUCUACGAUCAACGGAUAUGAAGGGACGGGCCGUUCGCUUUCACUCAAGUUGCUCCAGCAGCUUCGAGAAAGCACGCGACCUUCCCUCACCAAGGCACCAGCUGCAGAUGAGUCAGCAGCUCUGACUUCCCUGUCUGGCACGCACAGCUCCAAACGAGCGGGAGCUGGGCUUGGGGGUGUCGCCACGAAGGCGCGCACUCUAAAGGAAAUACAAUUGCAGACGCCGAUUCGGUAUAGCUCUGGUGAUAAAAUUGAGCGGUGGCUAAACGGGCUGCUGUGUCUCGAUGCCUCAACCUUGCCGAGAUCGACCAUUUAUUCGGGAUCACCAAAGGAAUGUCAGCUGUUCUCCGUCAGCAGAGACACCCUUUUCUCCUUCCAUCCGGCAUCGGAGUUGUUUUUACAAAGGAUGGUCGCGCUUUACGUCGCGUCGCAUUACAAGAAUCAGCCAAACGACCUACAACUAAUGAGCGAUGCACCUCAGCAUCGACUUUUCGUCCUUCUUCCGCCUAUUGCGGAUGACGAGACCGUUCUGCCAGACCCAAUCGCGGUGGUGCAGGUCGUGAUGGAAGGCUCUAUUUCCAAGGAGGCCAUUCUGGACAGUAUUAGUCGAGGGCUGAGGGCUGGAGGAGACAUGAUUCCCUGGACGGUUUCGCAACAGUUCCAAGAGAACAAGUUUGCACAGCUUUCUGGUGCUCGCGUCGUGCGGAUUGCGGUGCAUCCAGACUAUACCAGGAUGGGAUUCGGUGCUCGCGCUCUUGAAGCCCUCAAUGAUUUCUACAGUGGUGAAUAUUUCAACCUCGACGAAACGCCUCGUGCACAAAACUCUGUUUCUUUCGAGAAGGCUGCUCGCGUCGGUAAAUCGACCACGCUUCAAGAAGAGACGCUCGGACUUCGCGAUGUCACAACCAUGCCACCACUUUUACAACGGUUGAGCGAGAUUCAACCUCCCGCUUUGGAUUAUCUCGGUGUGGCAUAUGGCCUGACCGCGCCAUUGCUCAAGUUCUGGAAACGUGCGGGGUAUAUCCCUCUAUAUCUGCGACAGACACCGAGUGAUUUGACUGGCGAGUUUACAUGUAUGAUGGUCCGGGGGGUCGGAAAAGGCGAUGGACCUGGAAAGUCGCCGCCGAUCGAUUGGUUGACGGAAUUCGCCAAGGAUUUUCGUUCACGCUUCCUUUCUUUACUUUCCUAUCGAUUCAGAGAGUUUGGCAGUAUCCUUGGGUUGCAAGUUUUAGAGGCGGUCAAUGGGGGUGCGCGGGACUCCGCGGGUCAAGAACUCGGUGCACCCGAGUUGGGCGUCUUCAUCACUGCAUUCGAUAUCAAGCGCCUCGAGGCGUAUUCGAACAAUAUGAUCGACUAUCACGUCAUUCUCGAUCUUCUUCCUACUCUCGCCACCCUAUACUUUAAGCGUCGUCUCAUUGCACCCAAGUCCUCAUCUGCGGACACCAAUGCCGAAGAGGCGACCAAAGAGCGAAGUGUGAAGCUUUCGGCUAUACAGAGUGCCCUUUUACUCGCCAUGGGACUCCAGCGCAAGACCAUCGAGGAGGUCGGCGAGGAAGUAGGACUUGAGCCGAACCAGGUCUUAGCGCAGCUACUCAAGGUCAUCAAGAAGAUUUGCAGUGUAUUGCAACUGAUACAGCGGGAGGACGUGGUCAGCGGAUUGCCCGCUAUUGCAAAGCUCUCUGUGCAGGAUGAGGCCGCUUUAGAUGGCGGUGGUUCGUCCGCGUUUGCCGCAAGGAUGAAUGAGGAGCUUGAGGAGGCGGCAGAGCAGGUUCGACGAGAACUACGUGCACAGGGAGAGGAAGACGAUACCGUGAUGGCCGACGGGGAAGAAGAGAACGAGAAACGGGCCCGCCAGAAGGAGUUUAUCAACUCUUUGGACCUCAGCCAGUAUGCGAUUGGAGAUUCAAUAGACCUGUCUUCGGCGCAAGCCCAGGUGUCCAAGCUGUCCAAGGAGAAGAAGGGCGCUGUUUCCUCCAUAUUCAGCGUCAAGAGUAACGCUCCGCCACCAAAACGCAAGGCAGAAGCACUCGACGAGUCGAGUGUGAACAAGGCUAAGAAGACACGCAGAGGAAGUGGGAAGAAACAAAAGUAA